AUGUGCCAGAUCUCCUCAUCACUGCCUCGUCUUCGAAUCACCAUUGACGUGGCGGUGGAUCCUGACAAAAGUGCUGCACCGAAUCCUGCCCCCUCUUCUCAAGACAGUGCGUCUUGGUCGGAGGUCCCCGAGGUCCAACCAGAACCAGUUCCAGAGGCUAGCGACAUCAUCCCUGCUGACAUCUACCAGAACUUGGUGAAUAGUUUGUCCAGCCGUGUUGCCACGGCUAUUCUGCCAAGGAAGCCACAUCGUUGCUGGGUCGCCUUGUCCAGUCGCAAGCUCAGAAGUCUGCGAUUGGCCAGUGCUGGACCUGAGUGGGAAUGGUUGUUGCUUCGCGUUGUGGAUCGAGAUGUUGCUGCCAUCCCGGUGUUCAAAAGAAAGGGAGGUCUUUUGCUAGCCGUGCCCGAUGGUGUGUUCACAGCAGACGAAAUAGCCGCUGGAGCUGUGGGCGCCGAGAUCCCAGACUUGGGGCCUACCACUACUUUGCAAGUUGCUGUGCAGGGGGAUGUAGUAGACCAGACUACGUCAGUGUUGAUGUUCGAUGCCCCUUCGGCUAUCUUCCAGCACAUCAAGGUGGUGGGGACCAACCCAAGAUGGCCAGAGGGCACCAUUCAUGUCCGAGAAGGCGGCGAACUGAUGCGUGUGGAUGCCGACAAUCUAUGUGCUUUGGCUCAGGAGUGGGUGGAAGGAGCUGCUGUUCGGGAGAGCGACCAGUACCUCACCGCCCUCGAGGACGAAGGUCGACAAGCUCCAGACCAGCCUGGGGCCUCAAACCAAGCUUUGGAUGCCGUGCUUACACAGCUGCACAACCUGGCUUCAGUGGUAAAUGGGCUUCAAGCAGAUAUGGGAGAAAUGAGAGCUCAGGCGCCCGGCACCAGGGCCAAAGCCGCACCAGGAGCUUUGGCUCGCCCGCAAGAUGUGCUGGCUCCAGAGGAGUUGGAGGAGGAAACUGGGGACAUUCCCGACGAAAGCGCCAACCUCGACCAGAUGAUGAAGUUGGCGCUCAUCAAGAUGAUGGAGAAGGGAAGCAAGAAGUCCAAAAGAAGCAAAGUGGGGCUGGGCCUGGGCGACAGCAGCGGAUCGGACGAGGAGGACGACCCCCUGCGCCGAUUGUCCGGUGCCAAGGGAACUUUGCUGCAGGAGAGACUUCGCUUGAGCAUGGUUCAACAUCCUGCAGAUUACGUUCAGACCAUCGAGGCACUAGCCGCCACGGCCCUGGGCUUAGCAGCCCCGUCAGCCGACACAAUGGAAAGGUUCGUGCGAGAAGAGCUGCCGAUCGGAAACGAUCGCAACUUGGGCUACCUGGUGUGGUUGAUUGUGAAGACAAUCGGCCUUAUGCGCAACAAGCAGUUCGAUCAAGCUCAUCUACUUCUCCUGCUGGGACUGGCGUCGGUGGAGCAGUUCAAGUUAGACCAAAACUGGCAGAGCGCAUGGAGGAUGACAAACUUGCCUCUUCCUCCGUUCCAGGAAUGGCGGGUUCGAGAUGCCUCUCUAGCCCAGCUUCGUUUGGAUCAUGCUCACUCCAGGCUGGUUCACAGUACUUGGGCUGCAGCAAUUUCAGCCCGUCUCAAGGACGAAGAGGUUCUGGUGAAGCGCCGGGGCCAACCAAAGCUGGCAAAUCCUCCCUACCAGCCUCCGGCAAAAGGGGGCAAGAACAAAGGCAAGGGCACCAAAGCAGCAGAUGCCGAGGAACAUCAGUCAUGCGAAAGCGCCAUAGAUGGAAGCGUAGGCGAGGCGCAUGAAUGUCUUUUGCAGAGCUUUGGUGCCUUGGAUCCUGAUGAGCAUCUUAAGUUUGGUGAAAUUCUUCCCAGAGCUGUUCAUGGCCAUUUUUCUGGGGUUUGUGUGGAUGACAAGGUCAGUAUGCAAUUUGUCCCCAAAACUAGUCCGGAUGCUCCUUUAAGAGACACCAUUGCCUGCGAAAUGGCAGACUCAGCGUAUGCCACGGCUGGAUUGACAUACCAUCCAAAGAAGCGGGUCAGGCGGGCCACCGUGUUCCAAGCCUGGGGUGCAGAAAUCGAAGGGGUUGAGGGCCUGUUGGGUGCCAAAAGAAGCCGUAUGGCGUCCCUAAGUUGUGUCACCGCAAUGGUUGCGAAGUCUCCGUUGCUUACUCGACACUUGUUGGAUACAUUGUUGGGAUGCUGGGCCUUUGUGUUUCAAUUUAGGCGCCCUUUGUUUUCCAUCAUUCAAAAUUUGUAUCACGUGUCUUCUCCUGAUGGUUCUGCAAAGGCUCCUUUUAAGAUACCUUUGGCUGUGCGGCAGGAAUUGCAAUUGUUGUCCAUUCUUGGGUCUACGGCCCUCACCUCAAUGAGAGCACCUGUAAGUGGCACAGUGUUCGGCACAGAUGCUUCUCCUGAUGGGGCAGGCCUGAUAGGGUGUAAGGUAGGCGAAACUGUUUCUGCGGAGCUGUUCCGUCGUUGUGAGACCAGGGGCUUUCACACUAGACUGCUGUCACCAAUUGAGGCCCACUUUCAUGAGAAAGGUUGCGACGGUGCAGACGCAGAAGCAUCAAAUGAUUUGUUGCCUGAUGCCCAUGAUCCGCCUGUAAUCCAUCUUGAGGAGCAAAGUUCUCCCACCGAGCCCUUGCUAGUUCCGGAAGCACUUUGCGGCACGGUUAGCUCAAAAGAUCCGAGUGCCCUCUACCGAAGUGGUUUUUGUGUUUGCGCCGAGGGCUGCUUGCACAGGCUCAAGAUGCCCUGGAUGAAAACUCAAAUACGCCGCGAUCCAUGGGGCGGUGGUUGUUGUUUGGGGCUGCAGCUCUUUUGUCUGCUGGUGGUGGUCACUCCUCCAUUAGUAGCUGGGCCAAGGCCUCCAGCUCCUCGAAAUCGUCUGGACCUGUUACAGGGACGAGUCACAGCUGCCACAGCUUCGGUUCGUCAGACCCUGUUCCAGGAAUUUGUGGAGUGGCUUCAACUGCAAGACCCUUUGCUGCCGGAGAUUCGGGAAGUAGCAAGACGCUCCCCGAUAGUGGUGGUGGAAUGGUUGGAAGAGUACGGAAAGCAUCUGUACGAGAGCAACUCCAGCCGACGGAACUAUGCGGAAACCAUCAAUGUGGUCCAACAGCUUUUUCCCUACUUGAAACCUAUGAUGGCUGGACCCUGGCAGUUGAUGACAACCUGGGAGAGCCUGCACCCGUCUCAGAUUCAUCCUCCAUUGCCGUUUCCUUUGCUUCAAGCGAUGGUUGCUGUAGCAGUGAGCUGGCGCUGGAUCAGAGCAGCAUUGAUGCUGUUGCUAGGCUUUUUCGGUUUGCUGAGACCUGUAGAAGUGUGCUCGCUGAAGGUCGAAGAUUGCAUCCGCAGUACAGUGAACGGGCACCUCGCCAUCGAUGCAGCCGCGUGA